UUUCCCAGUGUAAUCGAAAUCUUGUAACCGCGCUUACAAGAUAUAAAUCGAUAUUACUCGUUUCGCUCCGGUUCGUAAGAAAGCCUUAGGCGAGGACGUUACGCGACCAUAAUCAAGGCUUAAGUCAUCCAAUGUCAAAGUGGAUUUGCCGUUUCUCUGACUAAUCGGGCCAGUAUUCCGCGGUUGCAAUCUUUCUAAAGUUGCUUUGCACAGACAGCGUACGAUUCAAAAAAGGUAGAAGAAGAAGAAAGAAAGCUGUCACGAGUGAUAUCGAGGUGGAUACUAUAUUAAAAGAAUCCAUAUACGACGAGUACGAAGAGGAUCCUCAAUUUACUAUGAAAUUGGAAUAUCCAAAGCCAAGAAUAAUUCCUCGUGCCUCUGUUCUACUACGAGAAUGGAUAGACGAACAGGUACAUUGCGUUCUCCACAAGUUGUACAAAGCGAACUGAUUAAUAUGAAAACUCUAGUUAUCGUAACCGAUCGCUUUAGUUAAGCAGUUUGCCUGAACGAAAGAGAAAGAUGACUAAAAGAGCAAGAAGAGCUUUACAAAAGAAGCAAGCUGCGGCAGCUGCCGAGGAGGCCGAAAGGAUAAGAUUGCAAUUGAUAAAGGAUAUUCAAGAAGAAAUUCACUUGGAGAGGAGCAAAGUCGAACAGGAAAUUCUACUGGAGGAGAGCCAAACGGCUAUGCGAAAAAUCCAAUUGGAGGAGACGUGUUUCGUGACUCACGAAAAUAAAAAGGCCUUUGCGGAUCACGUUUUUGCCACCGAGGAAGAGGAAAACUGGAUUAUGUACUUGACGUGUGAUAAUUUACCGCACGUCGGAAAAAUGUCCGAAAUGAAUACAUUCAUAUUUCUCUGGUCGUUGGAGGACGAAGAUUUAAAUAUGGAACUGGUUAUGAAAAAAAACGAAGUCAUACAAUACUUGUUGCUGCAGCUCGACGAGAUCAUCAAGUUCUCGUUAAUGAGACCUGCCGAUUACAUAGAAGAAUGUAAAAUGAUUAGGCAAAGUUUCAGGACAAAGUUGCAAGAAUGGAUAGACCAAGCUUGUUACCGGCUUUUACGUCAGAUCGAGAGAGAUAUGCUUAGGGUGGAUCUGAAGAACGCGACUUACGUCAAAAUAACGAAGCAACUCAUUUGUUGCAUAUGGGCUUUGAUCAAGCUACCGAUCAGUAUUAAAGAAAUUCCAGAAAAAGAGAGAAACUCGAUCGAGGUCCACUUCGAGGAAAUCAAUCUGACGGUGAAGAUACCACCGGACAUUGAUUGCUAUUGCAUGGCUAUCCGUGGACUGUGGCUCGAGUACGAUCACUAUUCUGACAUUGGGACCUCUUACGUCAUGCCGGAAAUACCAGAGGAAUAUCAAAUGAAGAUGGAUAAUGAAAAAUUCAAAAAUCCCAAGGAAAUUUCUUUUCCUCUGUCAGAUCUUGUCACUUUUUGCUCCGAGGAGAACGAAACGAAAGAGAGGAUACGCGCCGAACAAGUCGAGGGACGUCGAUUGAGGAUGGAAGAAAAGAAAGCUAUGCUCUGGAAAUUGGAGAAUCCGGCACCGGUAGUGCCGAUAAAGUUAGAUAGAAGAGGAAGAAAAGCCGGUAAUCAGUACGGCCGGUUGAAGAGAUCGGAACCGGAACAGGAAGUGGAACCGCUACCGUAUCUACCGACUCCGAACGAAAUCAUUUUGUCGAAAGAAGAGGAAUCACGGAAGGAACUUAGAAAGUUGUUGUUCACCAAAUGCGAAAAGACGGAAGUGAAUCUACGAAAGUACAAAAUCUUAGGUGGAAUUUAUCACAUAGAUCUCGUUUAUCAGCCGCCUCAGCCUAAGGACAUGCGAAGAGAUAUAUUUCUUAGCACUCUGGAAAUUCCGAAAGAACUGAAGCACGUACCGUUUUAUAAACCUUACAAGGCACCUCCGCCGAUACCACCUACCGAGAGAACACCGGAAGUCAUCGAGAAUGAGAUGAAGGCUUUGGAAACUGCGAUGGAGGCUCUUGUAUUGGUUACGUUAAAAUUACCCGAUACGGUUUUAUGGUUCGAACCACCGUUGGUGGCUCAUUGGAUUUCUGAGAGAAAUAUCUGGUCGACCCAAGACAUCCACGACAUAAAGUUCAACGAAGAUAAACAACAGAUCACAUUCCGCACCGGCAGAUUCGGAAUUCAUGGUCUAGCGGCAUAUAAACUGAUCAAUUUGCCAUUUCAAAGUUGGGAACUCAAGCCAGAAAUGGGAAGGAAUAGUGGCGGUGGAGUAACUCUUAACAUAACAGCUGCUACCGUGCAAGCGGAAUUUAUCGUCAGGGACGAUUCGGUAUGCUUGAACUCGCUAGUCGGCGGCACCUCGUCGGCGCUUCAAAAUAUCAUUGGCCAAUAUAUGAAGUUGAAUAAUUUAAUAAACAAAAUGCGAAAAGGUGGCUGCGACUUAUUUCCGGAACAAGAUGCGGCGAGUUACAUAAAAGGACUUUCGGUGAAGCAUCCAGUAGCUCAGAAACAUUUGCAAGAAUGCAUAGGUCUAUUGUGUACGGCUUAUACAUUUUCCUGGUCUAGGUGGAACAUAAAGAGACCUUCGCGCGAAAUCGUCCUGCAAUUUAAGGAAGUUCAUGGAUGCGUCGCCAAAGAGCGUACGAAUAUCACACUUUUAGUGACGCCUUUACAAACGAUCGCUGUUCAAUGUACCGAGGUCAGCCCAGAAUUUUCCAACGUUCCUAUAGAUGGCGAUAGUGCGAAGUUUUACGCCGAUCUAUAUCAUUUGGCAUUGCACAAUGCUGGAAUAAAAAGUCAUCUGCUAAUAAAAGAUAUCUCGUACAAGCUUGCUCUAACGGUCGCAAACUUGCUACAAAGUACAAACGUGAUAAGUAUGUCGUCCUGAAACUCUGUUAUCUCCUAUUUUAUAUCGUUAUCGUCGAUGAGAAUCGUCGAAUAAAGAAAAAAUAUUCGAAUAAAAAAAAAUAUAUAUAUAUAUGUA